AUGGAUUCGGACUUGGAAAACCUCCUCAACAAGUUGGUUGCAUCGAGAGUAAACAAACAAAAUCAGGCAUCUCAAAAGGGAGGCCACUCUUCCAAGCUCACCAAGAAGCCCAACCGGUCCCAACUGACCUCGAAGCCGUCCGACCUGGGCCAAGUCACUGACCCUACUGCCUUCUUAUCCUUAAUUCAGCAUAAUUUUAUCCUAAAAUGCAAGGUCACAACAAGCAAGGUGCAUGCCCAAGAGGCCAGAAAUGCACAGCUCAAGGCCGAGGACGAUCUUAAAAAGGCUCGGUUGGAGCUGGAAGUGGCUCAAAGGGAGAUGGAAGCUAGAGAUGAGGAGAUUAAGAAGGUCCAGGAGCUGGACAUCAAGUUGGAGGCAACCUGGAAAGAGGUGGAGACCAGAGAUUCAGAGAUCAAAAGAGUCCAAGAGCUUAACGCCAAGUUGGAAGAGGACAAGAAGAUGAAUUUCAAGUUCAUCAAGAGUGAGAAGGCUCGUCUUCUUGAGAAGCUUAAGACCAAAAUAGAUUGCACCGUAGACAUGGCGAUGUAUCGAAUUUGGGCCAACAAUCCUGACCUCGAUACCAGCUUUCUAUCUGACAGGGAGACUGAGUUUAUCACUAGGUGGAAGGCUCGACUGGAGGAGGAAGAGUCCAAGCUCGAUGCUGAAGAGGCGGCGGAGGCCACCGAGCAAGCCGGGACCGCAGUUGAUGGAGUUAUUGAUCCUUGA